CAUUGAGUUCCUUAGUAAUUUAUUGCUUAAAUCUUUUAAAGCAGAUUGCACGUUUCAUUUAUUCCAUACUCAGAUAAAUUACGGACCAUUUUAGAAUACAACAUUAAGUGCAUGUAAACAUUAUGUAAAUAUCAUUGCGUGGUUUAUUCAAUCAUCUACUUACUGUUAUUGCAAAGGACAUUUGGAUAAAACAGCUAUAAAAACGUAACAAAUAUUAUUACAAAACAGAUAUUGUUUCCGCAAUUCUGUCUGAUGGCGGUCGCAACUCUCAAUCAAUUCGACAGAGCCCAAUUUCGACCAACCUUUACCUUUAUCGCUAAGAAAAAAUUUAUAAGAACAAUUGCAUAAUUUUCUAUUGUGACGUUAAGUUAGCAGUUUGUAGGGUAUCGCUGCGGCGAUAGCAUAUUUUCAUAGUGUCUGCGUAUACUUAGAGUAGCACAUUUUUUCUUCCCGUAAAUUUUGUAUGCCAUUUAAGUUGAGCUCGGUCGGUUAAUCGAAAUGCUCUAUAAAAGUUUUUAACGAGUGCCGAAGCAUUGUGUGGUGUCCAUUGUGUGAAAAUUCUGCGGGUUCGUUAAAGAAAAUGCAAACGUUUGCCUCGUGUUCUCUUUCCAGUUUCCCGCUAAAUUUAUAUAUCGAACAGUAAAUGUCACUGCCAAUAUGUUGAUGAAUAACUCUGUGUGUAAACUCAUGUCUGUAUUUAUUGGCGCAGUGCAGGUAUGUUUCAUGCCAGCGCCCAUUGGGGAUUGCACAGACUGCUGUCCGAGAAAUGACCGCAAUGACAUAAAAUACAGGCUUUUUACAAGGCCUUAUUUGCACUCACCAGAAUUGAUCAAAGUAAACGAUAGGAAUUCACUAUUACGUUCAAGAUAUAACGCAAGCUAUCCCACAGUCAUUUACUUAUUUGGCUUUUCCGAAGCUCCCACUGGUGUCAGCACGGUGACUCUAAAAAAUGCAUUUUUGAGCACUGGCAAUUACAACUUUAUAAGCGUGGACUGGUCCCGUCUUAUCGCAUUUCCUUGGUACAUUUCGGCAGUUGAAAAUACAAGGUAUAUGGCAACGAGGCUCGCUGAUUUCGUCCAGUAUCUAGACUCACACGGUACUCCUACUAGCUCUAUACACAUUAUAGGAUUCUCUUUAGGCGCUGAAGCAGCUGGAUUUACGGGUAAAGAAUUGAAGCAAAGGGGCUUAACGCUGGGAAGGAUUACUGGCUUAGACCCAGCUUUCCCCGGCUAUAGUUUAUAUGACAGUGAAGGGCAUCUCACAAAGGAUGAUGCUACAUUCGUAGAUGUGAUUCACACGAACCCGGGUGUCUUCGGUUUCCCACAAGCGAUCGGUCAUGUGGAUUUCUAUCCUAAUCCUGGGGAAUGGAUUCAACCGGGGUGCUGGUUUGACGAACUUAUUCGGAACCGACAGGUCAAUUUUGUUUAUGGUUGCAGCCACAACCGUGCGUGGCGGCUUUUCGCCGAGUCAUUACGCAACCCCUGGGGAUUCCCCGCCACCGCGUGUAGCGAGUGGAGGAAUGCCUCCUCCUCUUGCGGUUUCUCUAUCGACGGGUAUUUGGGAUAUCAGGCGCAACCAUCGUCUUUUGGAAAACUGUAUCUAGAGACAAAUACGCGUCCACCUUUUGCAAGAAAUGGCCCUUGAUAUUGUGGAACAUUCAAGAGUUAAUUGUAGAAAUGCUUUGAAAAUUUGGGUACCACUAAUUCAAGAUGGUGUGUUUAAAGGGCUUUGUACUUGACUGUAAGAGAACUUCCAAAUUAUUGUGUAGCGAGUGGUGAAAACUAGUUUCAAUUGUGUAGAAGUAGUCAAAACUUAAAUGUCACGUACGUAUCAGU